UGUUUGAAGAGGUUUGGCUGUUUGUGAUGAGUUGAGGAUUGGUUAACAUAGAUUUAAUGAAAACCACACAAAAAAAGAGCAAGAUAUUAAUUAUGAUUAAUGAGUGAGGUAGCACUAGCACUAGCACUAGCACUAGGAAGCAGUAAAGUGAAGAUGGGGCUAGCAACAGCAAGAGCAACUGUAAGCAUUUGUGGUGCUGCUGCUGCUGCAUCACCAUCAAGCAUUGCAAAGCCUCUCCAUCCUCGUUCUCACUGCCAUUUCCUUCCAACCUCUCUUUUCUCCUCCUUUUGUUUUCAGAAAAAAAGCAAAUUGAUUCUUCAAAAUUCAGUUCAAGAUACUGCAGGCUCAAAAGUAUCAUGUAGUUUACUGAAUGUGGAAAGUGUGAUAGAUGAUGAUGCAUGUGAAUUAGUCAGUGGAGAGGAGCUUUCGUUAGAGGAUGGCGAUGAUAAUGUUCAUGCUUAUCUUUUCAAGGCAGUAAAAAAUAACAAUGGAAUUGGCCUAUUGCUUCUUUCUGAUGUUUAUGGGUUUGAGGACUCCUCCACAAGAGAUUUUGCAUAUCGAGUAGCUUGCAAUGGUUUCAACAUUCUACUUCCAGACUUAUUUCGUGGAAAUCCAUGGACAAAGGACCAGCCAAACACUCAGUUUGAACAAUGGAUUACUGGACAUAACCCUGAGAGGAUUGCAAAAGACAUUACCGCGUGGACAGAGUGGCUGGCAGAUGAAUUCAUGACUGAAGGAGUUUCCAGAAAACUUGGCAUAAUUGGUUUUUGCUUUGGAGGAGGCAAAGUGUUAGAGGUCCUAGCCCAAGACCAAGAUGCUUGCUUCGGCACUGGAAUCUCCUUUUAUGGUACAAGGAUAGAUUCGCUUGUUGCUUCUGAUGUAAAAGUUCCCGUCUUGUUUAUUUUAGGGGACAAUGACCCAAUUUGUGCUGUAAGUGAAAUAAAAAAUAUUCAGACUACAAUUGAUAGUGGCUCCAAAGUAGUGAUAUUCCCUGGUAGAGGUCAUGGAUUUGCCCACCGACCUGAAUCUGUGGAAGAAGACAAGGAUGCUGAACAAGCCUACGUAAUUAUGAGAGACUGGAUACAUGAACAUUUGGUGUAAAAAUGAAAUGCUUUCAGACUAUAUAAAUAAUGGUGUCAGCACUUGCGUUUUAACAUGCAUAUGAUUUUUGUGUUUGUAGAA